UCUUAAUGGUCCCUUUUCCAUUCUAAUUACCCUAGCAUCUCAUUUCACUGAGAAAUAACCCUAACUAUUCAUUUUCUUGAAAUUGUUUUUUUUCUUGAACCUGAAGGUCUUUUGAAAACAACCUGGCUAGCUUAACAGUAAGGUUUGUGUACACUAUAUUCUCGACGGAUCUCACUUUGUGAGAUUAAAUCUGCUUAAUCAAUCGGUGCAAAUUAAGGAGCUCUGAAGUUCUGAAGUUUGAUGAUUUGAUCACUUUGUAUUCCUGAUUUUACUCCGAACAGUCAUUAGCUUCUAAUGCUACUGUUGAGGCUUCAGGAACCAUUUGAGUUGAGUUGCAUAAUGCCAUCGCUCCAAUCGGCAUUGCCUCCUGAACUAGCCAACAAUGCCAUCCGACUUUAUCGAGAGUGUCUCCGACGAGCAAAAUACAUUGGCAGUAAGCAACAUAACACAGCGCUUCUUGUUGAUAUGGUGAGACAACAGUUCAAAAAGCAUAUGCAUGAGACUAAUCCAGAUAAAAUCCAGAAAUUGAAGGAUGAUGCUGCGAGGGGACUCAUAAAUCACAUGUUGCAUGAAUCUGAGAAGAUGACUGGCCGGAAAUUCAGUCAGGGUUCUUGAAAUUGUCUGUUGGCAAACUUCCAAGACACCAGUUCCCAGCUAAUUCCUAUGGUUAACAUCAGAAUUAGCUUUGAUGUUUUAUUGCCAUAUUUUUAAUGCAGAGACAAGAAAGCCAUGCUAAUAAGGCUCAACUUCUCCACCCCACCUUUGAGGGUCAGCUUUGGUACUCUUUUUUUGGCCAUAAGUUUCUAGAGUAUUUCUCCCUACCUUUUUUAGUUUAAAAGCAUUUUGUUUCGUCGAAAAGAGUUAUCCCGGGAUUAGUUAUGGGAUCACUUAUCCCAUCACUAUAGUGUACAUGAAUAAUCUCACUAUCAACUACUACCUCACACCAAACAUGGGAUAAAAUAGUCUUUAUUUUAUUUCGGGAUAAUUUAUCCUUUAUACCUCA